ACGCGUGUGAACGUGUCAGCGAUACGUGCCAGUUUUCACGACCCUGACCGGUGGGAACGUACUUAACAUACAGUAAGCUGGUGAAAUAAUUUCAUUUGCUACCGAAUAAAGAAGUAUGGCAAAGCAGCAAGAAGACGUUAAGAAGAGAACAGUACUAGUGCCUGUUGAUGGCAGUGAACACAGCGAGAGAGCUUUUGACUGGUAUACAAAGAAUUUUUAUCGCAAGGAUGAUGAGAUAUUGGUGUUCCAUGCAGCAGAGGUACCAUCACUACCAGCCACGCCAUAUCCAUAUGGUUUUGAAUUUACUGAUGGAUGGAAGAAGCAUCUUGAAGAAAGUGACCAAAAAGCCCGCACACUUUUAGAAUCCUACUACAAGAAAUGCCAAGAAAGCAAUCUGAAAUGCCGGCUCAUCAAGGAGAAUGGAGCUCCAGGAGAGGCUGUGUGUAAAGUUAUCAAAGAAAGAAAAGUUGAUCACGUGGUAAUGGGAUCCCGUGGGUUGGGCACAGUAAGCCGUGCUCUUGUAGGGAGUGUAAGUGACUACUGUCUUCACCAUUCAAGUGUUCCUGUGUCAGUUGUUCCACCUCCAGAUCGCUUUGAGCAUCAUGGAUUUGCUAACUUACAUUGAUGAAGGCCAUCUACUAAAUAUAGUUAGUGACCCAGUGGUCUAGGACAAUCUUUGAGUCACACACAGCUAUGAGACUAUUGGCAUGUGUUGGCAGUAAAGGGGAAUCUCAUAGAUAAGAUAGCAGUAUUUCUUACAUUUCUGUCAGCUUGGUAAUCAUCAAAUGAUUCGUAAAGUUGUACAUUAGAAGUUGUAUAGUAAGUUGAUAACUUUCACUGUGAGAUUGCACUCUGAUUUCAAUAAACAAAUCAAUGUUCACAUUAA